AUGGUCAACGUUCUACACGUUUGGUUGUUAUUAACAAUAGCCGCCUUAGCAGCAAGUUCUGACUUCUUACCUCGUCAUACCAAUUACCAUUCCAAUGCUACACUGCCUCUCUCGAAAUGUCCAGGUUACAAAGCUUCUAAUGUCAGAACAACAGCAUCAAGUCUCUCGGCAGAUUUGAUACUUGCUGGACCUGCCUGCAAUACUUAUGGUACUGAUCUGAAAAAAUUGACCUUGAAAGUGGUUUAUGAGACUGAUGAUCGUAUUCAUGUGGUAAUUCAAGAUCCGGCCAAUGUUGUCUACCAAGUUCCAGAAUCAGUUUUCCCGCGCCCUGCCGAAUCAACAGUCAAUUCCAAGGAUGCUAAUAUUAAAUUCCAUCAUGUUAACUCUCCAUUCUCAUUCUCAAUCACACGGGCAAAGACAGGCGAGGUUUUCUUCGAUACUUCAGCUGCAAGUCUUGUAUUCGAAUCACAAUAUUUGAGGUUGAGAACAAAAUUACCUCCAAAUCCAAAUCUUUAUGGUCUUGGUGAACACUCCGAUUCAUUUCGACUGAACACUACAGAUUAUAUUCGUACGUUGUGGUCUCGUGAUGCCUAUGGAACUCCUGCUGGCACCAAUUUAUAUGGAAAUCAUCCGGUCUAUUUUGAGCAUAGAGCUGGUGGUACUCAUGGAGUUUUUUUCAUGAACUCAAAUGGUAUGGAUAUAAUGAUCAACAAUACUAACGGAAGAAAUCAAUAUCUCGAAUACAAUACUCUAGGUGGCGUUUUGGACUUCUAUUUCUUGGCCGGACCUGACCCUAUUGUCCUUUCUCAACAAUAUGCAGAGCUUGUCUUCACUCUCGAUUCUGAACGUUUUCCAUUAGAUAUGAUGCAAGAUAUCAAUCAUUAUCUUCACGAUCACGAUCAAAAACAAAUUCUAAUGGUUGAUCCUGCUGUUGCAUACCAAAAUAACCCAGCUUAUCAACGUGGAGCAGCCGACGACAUAUUUCUCAAGCGAGAUAAUGGAUCUUUCUGGCUUGGUGUUGUAUGGCCUGGAGUUACUGUAUUCCCAGAUUGGUUUUCCAAAGGCGUAAAAAAUUACUGGAAUAAUGAGUUUUCAAUCUUCUUCAAUCCAAUUAAUGGUGUUGACGUUGAUGGACUUUGGAUUGAUAUGAAUGAACCAUCAAACUUUCCAUGUUAUUUCCCAUGCGAUAACCCAUACGCAUCAGCAGUAGGAUAUCCUCCAGAACCACCGGCAGUUAGAAAACCACCACGUCCAUUACCUGGAUUUCCUUGCGAAUUUCAGCCACCUGGAACGACAAACUGUACCUCCAAAAUCAAGCGAAGAUCAAUUAAAGAUAGGGAUCCUAAACCUAUACUGGAUACUCAGGCAACCGCCAACAGGCAGACACCAGGAAAACAAAAAGGAUUACCCGGACGUGAUCUUCUUUACCCCUCAUACGCGAUCCAUAACGCCGCUGCCUAUCUUCCAUCAUGGAACGCCGCCAAAGGAGGGAUAUCCAACCAAACAGUCAACACCAACGUAAUUCACCAAAACGGGCUCGCCAUGUACGAUACCCACAAUCUUUACGGAACCAUGAUGUCCAGCGCCUCACACACAGCAAUGAUAUCUCGUCGCCCAAACGAGCGACCCCUAAUCAUAACCCGCAGCACCUUCGCUGGUGCCGGCACAAAAGUAGGGCAUUGGCUCGGCGACAAUUUUAGCGAUUGGCUACACUACCGUAUGUCCAUCCGAGGCAUGUUAGCUUUUGCAUCCAUUUAUCAAGUUCCCAUGACGGGUGCCGAUGUCUGCGGCUAUGCCGAAGAUACUAAUGAGGAGCUCUGUGCUCGCUGGGCUAUGCUAGGUGCUUUCACCCCCUUCUAUCGAAAUCACAAUGCAUAUCCACCGACCAUCAGCCAGGAAUUUUAUCUCUGGCCCUCUGUUACCGAAGCCGCGAAAAAAGCUAUCGAUAUUAGAUAUCGUCUACUAGAUUACAUCUACACAGCUCUCUAUCGACAAACUCUCGAUGGAACCCCUUUAAUUAAUCCAAUGUUUUAUCUCUACCCAUCUGAUCCCGCGACGUUUGCUCUGGAAACACAAUAUUUCUAUGGAAGUGGAAUCCUCGUUAGUCCAGUCAUGGAACCAAAUUCUACGUCUGUAGAGAUCUAUCUUCCAGAUGACAUCUUCUAUGAUUUCUACACUCAUGCGCCUAUUCUCGGACAGGCAAAUACGAUUCAAAUGACGAAUUUAAAUCUUUCAUCAAUACCCCUUCAUUACCGCGGUGGAGUUAUCGUUCCCCAAAGAAUCGAAAGCGGAAUGACAAUAAAUGAAGUCCGAAAAAAGAAUUUCGAAAUUAUUGUUCCAGUUGAUAAGGAUGGGAUGGCGAAAGGUGAAUUGUAUUUAGAUGAUGGGGUUAGUGUUUUGGGAAAGGACGAGGAGGGAUAUGCAUAUUCAUUAAUUCAUUUCUCAUGGGAUGGGAAGAAUUUUGAUGUGAGGGGAUACUUUGGGUUUGAUUCUGGAGUGAGUAUUGAACGGGUUGUUUUUUUGGGGUUGGGGAAUGCAGUGGUGAAUGGGAAUAGCAAUGAGACGAGUGGGUAUGGUAGAGAAGAUGCUGUGAAUGUGGAUGAGAAUGUGGACGAGAACAAGAGUAAGAAUGAGAAUGUGCAGGUAAAUGAACAGGGAGAUGUAGUCGUUCAUAUAGGAAAAGAAUUGAAUGGGGGAUUCUCAGUUACAAUUUGA